AUGGAAAGGGGAUGUGAUAGAAUAAGCAACCUGCCUGAUCCACUUCUUGAACACAUCCUCACCUUUCUUCCAACGAAGUAUGCAAUUCGAACCGGUGUUCUGUCAAAAAGGUGGAAAGAUUUAUGGGUUUCACAGCCCUACAUUUCCUUGAGCCAUGAUGGAUUAAUUGGUAGAAUAGUUGAAUUUAAAAAUUUAUCGGUCCGUGACCGAACAGUAAAAGUUUCAAAGUAUAAGAACUUCUUCAACAAGGUCUUGCUUCACCCCCAAGCAAAAGUUAAGAAACUUCAAAUUUCAGCCCCAGAAAGACUGGAGGCUCUUGAGUUUAAUAGAUGGUUUCCAGUUAUCAUGAAGGAAGGUCUUGAAGAGCUCGAUCUCGACUUUGCAAUAUUUUGCGAUGCACCAGUGAGCAUCUUAGCUGUAUGCAAUACCUUGGUGACACUGAAGUUGGAUUUUGGAGCACUUUCAGCACACAAAUUUCCCAAAUCCUUCUACUUCCCUAACUUGAAGACCAUGCAGCUAUGUGGUUUUGUCUUGGCCAACAACUUCACCCAUCAACUGCUGCAAUCCAAAAAUCUCGAAUCUUUAAUCUUACCCUACUUUAUGUUUGACCUUAUGUCGCGUGAUUCGGUGCCAAAUUGUUCUGAUCAAAAGCAAGCUUUGCCCAAUCUUAACUAUGCUCAGAUGAACUGCCCUUACACCUUCCGAGGGGAAGAUAGUACUCGCUCCUUUCUGAAGAAUAUGAUUAAUGUGGUGUCCAAUGCAAAGGAUUUAAACCUAUCAUUGUCGAUCAUGGAGUAUUUAGCCCAUGAUGAUCUGCCCGAGUUCAAUAAUCUUAAGCACAUCAAACUUCACCUUCAAUCUUUUCACGUUAGAGCCAUGUGUUACAUACUCCAAAAGGCACCUAACCUCGAAUUUCUUCACAUAGAGUUUGUUCGACCUUAUGGCAAUGAGCCAUUGAUGCUAGAAGAACUGCGUUCUUGUUGUUCACGAGCAAACCUGAAGGUAAUCCAAAUGACGAAUUUCAUUCUAGAGGAAGAUCUUGUUCUGGAGCUUGUGCAAUUGAUUUUUGAAAGUGCUUGUUCCUUAGAGGGUAUAGUCAUUGAGCUAGUUGAACAACCUAAAAUGAAUAACUUUCUGCGAUGCCAGAAAUUGUUAACACUUCCAAGACUACCCGAGUGCAGUAUACUGCAUCUAAAAUGGGACUUUAAUUACUCUUAUUAG